UCGCCUCCCACGAAGUUUUCAUUCAAAUUAAAAGGAUUGGAGGCAUCAUGGCGGAAGGCGGGAAGGAGCAAGGAGAAAAUAUUUCGAAAAGAUUUGUGAAAAUAUAGAGCAACAGGUGAUAUGAUCGACUUAAAAAAGUUUAUUAAGUUCAUCUAGUAUUGACAGAGUCGUUCAUUUGGCUCUUCAAAUGGAAAGAUGAGCACAAAGGUGAAGUUUGUGGUGGAUGGAUCUGGUGAACAGGAUUUGAUGUUAAAAGCAGCUCAGUCUGUUCAGAGUGCCCGUCUACCAACAGAGAAAAUCACCAGUAAAGAUGUCUUGCAGCUGAAAAGCAAGGACAAAAACCUCUACGUCUGUGGUCAGUUCUUGGGUGAAGCAUUUGAUCACUUGGUCAAUAUUAAAUGCAGGAUCGUUGGUCCCCAAUGUGUGAUAUCUUGUCUAGAGCUUCAGAAAGCUGUUCCCAAUGUCCCUCAUCCAAUCAACAACAUAGCCAUGCAAGAUGUGGUCGUCAGCUGCUCAAGCAUUGAGAGGGCACAGAGGGCUCGAAUCCAUCAGCUGUUAGAAUGGAUGGGUGGAAAGGUAUCUAAGGACCUUACUGAGAUAGUAACCCACCUGGUUGUAGGAGAAGUUGGCUCCAAGAAGUAUCAUGUUGCUGCUAAUCUGAAGAAGCAUAUAAUGCUGCCAGAAUGGAUAGAAGUAGCUUGGGAAGAGAGCCAAACCAAACACUUCAGUGCGAAAUCCGAGGAAUUCCAUAGUAGAUACAGAUGUCCUGCAUUCAAAGGCUGUAUCAUCUGUGUGACAGGGGUUGAGGCAUCACAGAGACAAGAUGUUAGGCAACGUGUACCUGAAUGUGGUGGUUACUACACUGGAGAGCUGAAGUACAAUGAGUGUACCCAUCUCAUCGUAGGGGCUGCAAGAGGUCCAAAGUUCGAAUUUGCAAGGAAGUGGAAGAUUCAUACUGUUUCAAUCAAUUGGUUUUAUGACAGUGUAGAAGCUGGUUACUGUCUGGAUGAACAACUCUACAAUGUGCUUUCACAGGAACAACCAACAUCAACCCCCGUCAAGGCCAAUCAAGAACAACCAAGGCUUAGUGCCCUUGGAAAUAUCAGUGCAAUAAAUGUUAGCAGUAUCCAUCCCAUAGAUGAGACGGCUGUAAGUGAUGCAAACAUCACCAUGGAAACGAGUCGACUUGUACCGCCUCUUCAACCUCAGGUUGGCCUAGCAGAGCUAGAGAAGCUCGAUCUUGCCACAUGUGAAGCAGAGAUGUUUCUUGAUGGAUGUAAGAUUUUCUUGAGUGGGUUCUCUGGGCAGCAUUUAGAGAAGCUACGUAAAGUUGUGAAUGCAGGAGGUGGGACACGCUUUAAUCAGAUUAAUGAGAAUGUGUCUCAUGUCAUCAUUGGUAAUAGGAUAGAAAAUCAUGUAACUGAGCUGAAAGAAUUACCAAACAGACCAUCCAUAGUGUCCGUCCAUUGGUUGCUUGAGUGUGCUAAGCAAGGCAGACAGGUUUCUGAACAGGACUUUAUCGUGAAGGAUAUCUUGGAUGUCCAUGAGGCUGAUGAUAAGGAGAAUGAAAUCACUUUCAAACUCCCAGCGAAUCAAGUAAAGAGAGUGUCAAAAGUUGGAUCGAGAAAGAGAUCUGAUGAACAUGGAGAAGAAGAGGACAUAUUGAGCCAGUAUUUACCAAAUGCUACAUCUGCAGGUAAUGGUGACAACGACUCGACGAUGAUCCAGGAAGAAAAUGCAGACAGGACUCGUAGUGACGGGGAUAGAACCCAAGAAGAUGAUGACGAGACUCAGAUAGAUGAGAAUGAAGAAGGGGACGAUGGAGAGAAGAAUGGAAUCUUUGCUGGGAAGAAGUUUGUUGUUCUUGGUUUCCUUCCAGAGCAAGAGCAUAACCUGUGUGAAAUGAUCCCGAGUCAAGCAGGUAUCGUCUUACCCUUCAACACCCGCUCCAUACCGGACUACGCGGUGGUUCCCAUCAUCGGAACCCUCGUCAACAUGACCGUAGGUGAAAUAGUCACCAACUGUUGGCUUCAGAUGUCCCUUGAGGCGGAGACACUACUAGAACCCUCCAGCAACGAUCUCUUCACUCCUAUCCCUAUCAUGAAAGAAGCCAUGCCUCUCAGGAAUUGCGUCAUAUCAAUAAGUCAGUACAGCUUCGUAGAACGCGACUGUCUCCUUCACAUUGCUGAGCUGUUGGGAGCACAAUGCCAGGAGUACUUUGUUAGGAAAGCUAUAAACAACCUAGAAGCAAACACUCAUCUACUACUAAGAGACCCAGAGGGUACCAAGUAUGUGGCUUCUAAGAAAUGGAAGGUCCCUGCCAUAACUAGACGAUGGCUUCUGGACUGCGCCAGAACAGGUAAAAAACAACCAGAAAAGAACUACCUUGUGGAUCUCCCAAAGGAAGAACCAAGUGACAUGUCUACUAAGGAGGAACCGUUACCACCAAAGAAACCAUCUUCACCUCCCGAGGAAAUGCUAAAAGCCAAGGAAACCACACCAGAACAAACAAAAACCAUUCCAAAGUCAGAAAAUCAACAAGAAAAGCCUCUUGAGGAUCAUCCUCAGAAGACACCAAAGAGUGUAACAAUCAAGGAGAGAUCUGUGCAGGAUACAGGAGCAAGUACUAGCAAACUGAUGUCUAAAGCCACAACCCCUGCUGGACGGCCUGUCAGGAACAAAACCCUAGAGAUGGUGAAACAACCAAUCGCAAACAAGAGCAUUGAACAGGUCAGAGGUCAGACUCCUGGCAAAGAGAGCACUCCAAGCAGGAUCUUACGUCCAGGUUUCACACCCUCGUUUGACCUGGAUGAUGCUGUAGAAGCUUUAGAUUCUCCUGGAAUGCCAGUAGGGAAGGGUCAUCGAAGGAAGUCUAGUCUGCCCUUGGAGGAAUUCUUUCAUCAGAACAUCACCAAUGCCCUACAGAUGGGAAGUACUAAAGCAGGAAGGUCAGAAGAUGAAGAUGAUGACACUGUCUUCAAAGAAGAGGAGCCUGCACCUGGUAUUCUUCAUGGAGUUGUCAUCUGUGUGAGUAAGAAACUGAGCAGAAAGCAAGGAGAUUACAACGACAUUGCCAUGGCAUUGGGCGCCGAGUACCACUGGACUUACGAUGAGAAGUGCACUCAUUUUAUCUUCCAGGGCAAAGCCAAUGACACGGCCAAGGAAUUCCGUCUAGCCAAGAGCCAAGGGAAGAUCAUCGUUUCCUCGCAUUGGCUGCUGGCUUGUCAAGAAGAAAAUAAGAGACUUGAUGAAUCCUGCUACCCACACACUUACAACCCAAAACUUAGUCUGUCGGUGGUUGCUUCCCAAGGUCGCACACCUGCUCGCUCAAUGAGGUCAAAGGUCACACCCGUUGCCGUGGCCACACCACUAGCCCCUAAACCACCUCCACCUAAACCUCCACCAGCCGUUGAGAAGAAAGAAGACAUUGAAGCAGAUACCAUGUCCGAUGAUGAACUGUUGAGGGCGGUAGAGAACGAAGAGCAAAGCAAGACAGCAGGGGAUCAUGGGACUUCUAUUAAUCUUCAGAAACAGCUUGAGGACAUCAUGCCAUCGACAAUGAAUCUAAGGGGUAGUCGAAGACGUAGCCGGCGGCCUGGUAGCAGCGCUUCCAUCUCGUUGGCUGGAGAUACGACCAGUGCUGAUGACAGUAGCAAUGGAAGGAGAAGUACAAGGUCUAGGGUGAAGAAAAAGGAGGAAGGGACUAGCAAAGAUUCAGGUCAACAUGUUGAGGCUUCUCAGAGUGUUCAGAUUACAUGGGAUGAUCCUACGAGCCGGAAAGAGAAAGCAAAGAUCAUGGCUCAGAUCAAGCGAGCAGACAAUGGACUCGAUGAACCUGAAGAACAAGAUGGGGAGGAUGCCCAGCAGAUGGAAGAGCAAAUGGUCGAGGAUCAUGCGGAAACCAAGACCGAUGUAGCUCGACACGGUGCAAGCAGUUCUCACAAACACGAGGACAGCCCACCUAGUCCUACCCCUAAAGCUCCUCCUAUUAGACUACCCCCUGCAAGGCCCGCCGUGGCUCCACAACCAAUGGACGAUACGCAGGAUGAUCCACAACAAGAGGUUUUGACUAAGCAACCAGCAUUGCCUCCCAAGUUUCUGUUCACUGGAAUGGGAGCUCAUGAGAAGAUUGAUUAUAGCGCCCUCAUCGAAGAGCUUGGCGGAGAAGUUAAAGACGCUCAAUACUUUGAUGCCUCUUGCUCUCAUAUUAUUGUAGGUAAUCCAACCAGGAAUGAGAAGUAUCUGGCGGCUCUCGCUACCGGUAAAUGGGUUCUUCAUAAAUCCUACUUUGAGGCUUGCAGAGCAGAGAAGGCCUUUGUUGAGGAAGAACCUCACGAGUGGGGUAAUAGGACCGAUCUGAGUAAAUUGAGUGAGACCGGUAAGAAGAUGGCUCGUGCUGCUACAAGAUGGAGGUGUCGGAUUCAGGAACAAGAAAAGAUGGGCUCAAGCAUUGGAGCGUUUGAUGGCUGGAAGGUCGUGCUGAUGGUUGAGAAGAGUAAAGAGAUGUGUUUCAAACGUCUUCUGGAAGCUGGUGGCGCUAAAGUCCUUGCUGUCAGACCUCCAUUUACCAACCAUCUUGAUGCUAGCCAUGCUUUCUUUGACCUUCAUAAGGUCAAAGUCACAGCCGAAGCGGUUGCCCUUGAUGAGUUGGUUCAAUCUGGUAUCAUGUGUUUGAAGCCUGAAUAUAUUGCUGAUUAUCUGGUCCUAGACCCAAGCCCAGAUCCAGAAAACUACAUAAUCAACGAAGCCAAGCCUAUCUUACAGAAGCUUGUGGAGCAAGCAGGACCAGCUACCAAACGCAGAGGAUCGGAGCUCGCUACAACGCCAAGAAGCAAACGAACAAGGCAUCGCUAGAAAGACUUUAUGCAAUAUAAUAUAUCUGUGUGGUGUAUUUAUGGCCAACAAAUGUUAUUGAAUAAACAAGGGACCACAAAACCUAUAAACAACAUCACUGGUAUCCAGGGUAAUCAGGGGAUGAUAUUGUUCCUGAGCUAGCUGCAACACUAAGAAGCAAGGGAAUAAAGCAUCGUUGCAGAGACAUUGGAGAAUAUCUAGGUCUGUGUGGUGUAUUGUUGCCAAAGCUGUAUCUAGCAAAAUUGAAACUAAAUCAGUCCAAAAGGUUUU